UCCCACCAUCACCAUUGACGAACCCCCGAACCACCCCCUCCUCCCGCCGUCUUCUAUCGCUCUUCUCGCCAAUAUUUCACUCUCUACUCAAUUAUUCGCCUCGCUAUUUUACGAUCGCCUUUCUUUCGGUUAGUUCGCUACGAGGAGUCAACCCCCGGCGAUCUGGAAUGUGUUUCGUCUAGACGGGUCGUCCCAACGUCCUGCUCGCCCGUCUGAGCCCCCCCGACCCGGUGUGAUCGCACCCCCUCCCUCGCUUUGGAUCUAUCUGGACCCGCCGCUGUUCCGUGGGGAUUGUCAAUCUCGGCCAUCUCGCGAAACGGGUCGUGGGACGCAAACUGCGUUCCGCCCUCCUUAGGCGUUUCGUCAGCCGACCGUGGUCUCUUUUGCAUCUCUCCUCCAAGACUCCAUGUCUGAUCGCGCCUCAUCGGUAUCACUCCGAGCAGGGCCUCCGUCACCGUCUUCUCCCGCCGCCGGCUCUCUCAAGGAGACUCAGCCGUCGAUUCCCGUAUCCGAUCAGAUCCCUCAGACUCCGACAUCGCCACCGUUGAUGUCGGUAAGCGCUCAAAAUUAUGCCUCCAACUUCACUUCCUCGCAAGCAUCGCCCAACCAGCAGACAACCUCUCAGCCCGCGAACGUCUCCUCCCCUCCAUCCUCGGCUCCCAUGUCCACUCAGCCCUCCCAGCAGCCGGUCGUAGGCCCCCCGCAGUCGUUUCCCACCCCGGCGAGCAGCGUGAGCGGUCAGUUUCCGGGGCCAUCCUCCGCCGAUGACGCGGACCACGCGGAUAAGUCCGUCUCUUCGGCGAUGCCGGAUGCGGCAGCGUUGACGGACGCCUCGACACCACACGCAGAUAACCGGCGAACCGAUCACGAACGGCAGCUUGGAGGACCGGGCGACGCCAUGGACAUUGACACGGACGGCGCUCUGGGCCGGAUAUCGAGUCUGGACUCGCUACAAAAAGAAUUCUCGUCGGCUUACCAUCUGUGCAAAAGCUCUCAUGUCACACCUGGUCCCGAUCCGUCGAUCGAUCUCGUCUCGCUGUACGGGCUCGGGCCGGUGGCAAAGUCGGUGGCCCGCAUGGACCCCAUCACGGGGGAGAAGAUCAACCGGUUACGGAAGUCGUACGAGGGCAAAUUAAAGGGAUUGGGCCUCGCAGGGCGAAAUAAGCCCGUCAAACAAGAACCGGGGGCGCCCGGCGGGUUACGGCACAUGACCUUGUGGCCCGAGGAAGAGUGGCAGAACCAGAAGGUGUACGGGAAGGACAUCAAGAUCGCUGACAUGGACUCCGCGCUGCACAAUCUCCAGAUGAAGGCGAUGAGGAUGGAGCCCGGCGCCGUGCCGAACAACGACUACUGGGAGGAUGUGCUGGGCCAUGAGAAGCCGUCGAAACACGGCGGCGCGGAGGCAGGCAAGAAGACGACCGCCGCCCCGUCGGCGCCCAGCGGCGCACGAGGGCCGAAUUCCGCGAACGGGACCCCGACGGCCGAUGCGGAUCGCAAUCGACCGAGCCGCGGGCGCAAACGGCAUUACGACGAGAACAGCUUUGUCGGGUACGGCGAAGGGUUUGCGGACGACGACGACGAGGGCGCGUUCAACUCCAACGGCGAAGGGGUGGGGAAGAAGAAGCGAAAGAAGGACCAUGUCUCGAAGAUAUCGACCCCUCACCCGGACCGCGGAGGAAGCUACGGGGUGGGCAUAUACGGGAUCGGGGCCAGAUAACGGGGACCCCUCAAAUACCCGAGUCCAUCCCCCAGGUUGAUGAGAGAGGGGGAGAACCAUCCCAAAAAGAACCAGGAACGAAAAAGAAACGAACAGACUUUUUGUUUCUCUUCUUCUGGCUGUUUUCUUUUUUCAUCUUGCUUUUGUCUCUGAACCGGUUUCGGACUUGAAAAGAACAGAAUCAAAAACCCAGAAAAGCACCAAAAAAAAGAAAAAGGGACAAUGAAAAUGAAGUUGAGGCCGUUUGUCCUUGGACCGGAGGACCUUACCCCGAUCUCGACAUCGGCCUCUUGCUAUUCUCCGUACAUUUUGCAUCACGGUGCUGGAUAUACCCGGCUUUUUAUCACUGGAAACGGCGUUGUGGGUUCUAACUUCCGGGGGGAUUCCCGUUUUUUUUUUUUUUUCUUCCUUUUUUUUUUUGCGUUUU